AUGGGAGACGGGAAUAGUGAUGCCAUUAUUAUAGUCACCGCGGUGUUCCUCGGGUUAUCACUGGUGACGGUCUGUCUGCGAUGCUUUGUUCGGCUGAGAAUCGUGCGCGCCUUCGGGUGCGAUGAUGCCCUGAUUGUGACGGCGAUGGUAAGCAGUCUCGCAGUCCGCUUCUCCUGGAUUCGCACUGACAGCUCUUCAAGGUACUCAAUGUGGCAUUCGCCCGUCUGCCAGCUCCUCUAUAUCAUCACCGUGACGAUCGGCCGACUAUCCAUUGCCAUCACCUUACUUCGCCUGACCGUCGAGCGCAUCCAUACAUGGAUUCUCUACGCCGUGAUGGUGCUGUCCACGGCGGUGGGGAUCGUCUUUCUUUUUGUCUCAAUCUUCCAAUGCCAGCCAGUCUCCUACUACUGGAAUCUGCUAUGGAUGGAAGGCCACUGCCUGGACAUGGACGCACGUCUCGGGAUCGUAUACAUGUACAGCGGAGUGGUGGCGGCCUGUGAUUUCACCAUGGGCAUUCUCCCCGUGUUCAUCAUCUGGCGGCUUCAAAUGGAUCCUCGCACGAAAGUCGCCGUCGCGGGGAUUUUAGGGAUUGCUUGCAUAGCCAGCGCUGCGGUUAUCGUGCGCAUCCCUUUUCUCAGUUCGGCAAAGAGUCCAGACUUUCUCCACGCAACCACACAAAUAUCCAUUUGGUCCAACAUUGAAGCGAGCUUGGGCAUCACCGCUGGCAGCCUUGCGACCGUCCGACCGAUCAUCCGCAUGUGGUCCAGGACGACUGCGGCCACUCCCAGCCAGCAUAGUCUGUUCGCUACAUAUCCGAUCACUAGCAAACGUCGCGGUACUGCCGAUAGUCGAGAUGAUGCCAAUAGUCAUUCCACCUAUGCCAGUUAUACCGCACACUCUCAGUGGCCUCCACAGAUGGCAGAUGCUAUUCCAUAG